AUGUCCAGAGUUACUCCUCCCGUCACAAAAUUCACCCAUGCUAUUCGUCGUAGUAUCAGUACUACUCCUACUGUUGCGAGCCCAAGUGCCCAAUUAAAAACCAAGGGUACCAAAGCUGAUCUCAUCUCCAAACUAUCCGCUCACGAGCGCACCAUAACCACCAUUCAUCGACCUCUUCCACCCUCCAUUAAAACCAUCCCUCUCAUGCAAGGAUUCCGCACCAGCGCACCCCGUCCCGCCGCCUCCCCUUCCACACUCGACCAUCUCAUUCUCCCCCGUCUCCCCAGCGAAUCCUCCACCACAUUCUCCAUGCGCGUACCCAUCCUUCCAGAUAACUACAGCGCUACUCAAUCCAUUAAAGAGAGUAUCGACACCGCGAUUCCCAAACAGGAAAUCCACGUCGUUAGUGCAUUGCCCGAAGAAGAUUUCGCGGCUGUUAAUGUCAUGACCGAAGUGGUGGGUAAUGAAGCAGAUGCGAGUAUGGAUUUGGGAGAAUGGGUUCAGGGGAUUAGGUCGAGAGGUGAGGAGAUUAAGGAGAAGUUUGUGGGGAGGGAUCGUGAACAGGGAGUUCUUGGUGAAUUGUGGACGAGUAUGCGAGAGGAUGUUUUUGGUUCGAAAGGGAAAGUUGUUAUUUGA